AUGGCCGGCACGUGCGCUCACGCCGAGUUCCUCCGCGCGCAGCCGGCGUGGGCGCUGGCGCUGGCCGCCGUGGGCCUCCUCGUGGCACUCCGCGCCGCCGUCCGCUUCGUGCUCUGGGUCUAUGCCGCGUUCCUCCGCCCGGGCAAGCCCCUGCGCCGCCGCUACGGCGCCUGGGCCGUCGUGACGGGCGCCACCGACGGCAUCGGCCGCGCCAUCGCGUUCCGCCUCGCCGCCGCCGGGCUCGGGCUCGUCCUCGUCGGCCGCAACCCGGAGAAGCUGGCCGCCGUCGCCGCCGAGAUCAAGGCCAAGCACCCCAAGGUCCCCGAGGUGCGGACCUUCGUGCUCGACUUCGCCAGCGAGGGCCUGGCCGCCGGCGUAGAGGCGCUCAAGGACUCCAUCCGGGGCCUCGACGUCGGCGUGCUCGUCAACAACGCCGGGCUGUCCUACCCGUACGCGCGCUACUUCCACGAGGUGGACGAGGAGCUGAUGCGCAGCCUGAUCCGGGUCAACGUCGAGGGCGUCACGCGGGUCACGCACGCCGUGCUGCCAGGCAUGGUCGAGAGGAAGCGCGGCGCCAUUGUCAACAUCGGCUCCGGCGCCGCCUCCGUCGUGCCUUCCGAUCCGCUCUACUCCGUCUACGCCGCUACCAAAGCGUAUGUUGACCAAUUCUCAAGAUGCCUCUAUGUUGAGUACAAGAGCAAAGGUAUUGAUGUCCAAUGCCAGGUGCCCCUAUACGUGGCGACAAAGAUGGCAUCCAUCAGGAAGUCUUCCUUCAUGGUCCCAUCUGCUGACACAUAUGCUCGUGCUGCUGUUCGUCACAUUGGAUACGAGCCUAGGUGCACACCGUACUGGCCACACUCUGUCCUGUGGUUCUUGAUCUCCAUUCUUCCCGAGUCCCUUAUCGACAGCGUACGCCUGGGCAUGUGCAUUAAGAUCCGCAAGAAGGGGCUGGCCAGGGACGCCAAGAAGAAGGCACUGUGA